AUGCUGAUCAUUUUUUUUCAAUAACUGUAAUGCUGCUUCUAACUCUAAUUAUAAUUUGUUUAAGAUGAGAGGGCAAAGUGUUUAGAUGGUACAUUAGGAGUAAUAUUUGCAAAUAUUAAUAGUCUUAUUACUUUUAAUAAGGCUUUGAAGGCGGUUAAAAUAAAUUUAUCAUUUAUUUUGAGGGAGGAGAGUAAGUCUGCUUUAAUAUAAAAGGUUUAUUUUAGGUAAUACUGAAGAGUAAUUUUUAAUGAAUGCUGUUCAAAAGUUUAAAUAUGAAUUUAAUUAAGGACCAAAACUUAGCAAGGAAGUUCACUAAAUAGAGCUAGCGCUUUUGAGUUUGAUGGAGUAUUAUCUUAGGAUGAAAUAAACAAUUACUAUUUCCAUAAUUGGAAUCUAAUCCAUAUUAAUUAUUGUGACGGAGUUGGUAUUCUCCAUCUUUUAUAAUUAUAGGCUUCUAAGGGUAUAAAUUUGAUUAAGUUAAUUACUAAUCAAACGUAUUGUAUUUUAGAGGCGAAUUAAUAAUAAGAAGCAUUUUUGACCACUUUAUAUCAAAUUUUUAAAAAGCUGAAAUAAUAAUAUUAUCGGGUUGUUCAGUUGGAGGAGUUGCAGCCUUGUAAUGGGAAUAGUAUUUUAGUUCUUUGAUUCCAGAAAACAUCUCGAUAUUAUGUGUUUCUGACUCAGGUAUAUUAUAUGAUAUGCAAUCAAUGAAUGGAUCUAAUUUAUUGUAGUAAUCGUUAAAGAUAAUGAAUUAUUUUGCUAAUAAUGAAACCUAAGUCCCUCAAAAGAAUUGUGCAUACGAUUUUCCGAAUCAGAAUUGGAAAUGUUUUUAUUUCUAAAAUUUAAUGCAUUAUAUUUAACAACCAGUAUUUAUUAUCUAGCCCUUUUAUGAUAUAAGUUUUCUAUAUAAGUAUCUUGAAAUAAAAUGUAUAUAAGACUUAACACUGAACAAUUGUUAGAAAAACGAAAUGAACUUUAUUGAUCAUGUUUUCUAAACAUUUCGCUAAGUGAUUAUAGAAUCGUUAAAUAACAAUUCCAAUACAGGGUCUUUUGCUCCCAGUUGUAUUGCAGAUUGGUAUUUCUAAAGAUAAAACUAGCUUAUUUAUAAGUUAGUUAUCAUUUUCCCCUAAUUGGACAGUCCCUGAAGGUUCAAAUAGGACAGUUUAUCAAACUUUAGUAAGAUGGGUUGAGAAUCAAAAAUACAAUUCUUAUUGCUAAAUUGAUUUUGGAUUGAUGGAUCAAUAACCAUGGCCAAAGAAUUCUGCCUGUGCUGGAUUAUCCUCUUCAAUAAACUUAAUUAAAUUGAUAAAUAUGAUUUUAUGGAUUAUUAUUAUUUUAUUGUGA